UUCUGACGAAAUAUCAAGUGUUUGGAGAUGAGAGCGUAAAAGUUAAGUUAAAAGGCUUCCCUUGUUAAGACCGACUAGAGCGCGCUGAUUAAGAUAUGCUAGCUGAGACAUUAAAACCGAUGCAAGUCGUCACAUUUUUGUCGCCCAGGGUUUUGCCGAGCUUAAACAGAUCAAGGGGAAUAACUGUGCGCUGCGUCACAUGUCGCCAAGUGGGCAUGGCAUCCAGUUUAGGUACAGAAGCUGGCAAGUUUGACCCACCCGCCGCAGAACCCGACCUAGAAGGUGUCCUUCACAAAACACUCGACCUCGAGACGAUUGACGUGAAUAUUUACAGAGCCAAGAGCGCAAACCUAUGGAAGCCAGCGUUGGCACGGUUUGUGUUUGGGGGGCAGAUCGUGGGCCAGGCCAUGGUUGCCUCCCUUAUGACAGUUCCCCGUGAUAGAAGCGUCCAUAGUCUGCAUGCCUACUUUCUCAAAGGAGGUAAUCCUAACUUCCCUGUGAUCUACCACGUGGAGCGUACGAGAGACGGAGCGACCUACUCCAGCCGUACAGUCAAGGCUAUACAGAAUGGGGACAACAUUCUGGCCAUGCAGGUAUCCUGCAAGGAGAAAGAGGAGAGUGUGCUGAGCCACCAGUACACCAUGCCUGAUGUCCCUCCGCCAUCCUCUCUCCUCAACACAGAACAGAUCCUGCAGAAGGCCGUUGCGUCUUCAGAGAUCUCAGAGUUCCGUAAAAUUGCAUUCAGCAAACUGCUAGCUCAGGAGGUACCGGUGGAGCUGCGCCCCACAGAGCCCUGUGUGUAUCUGAGAACUGUCCCCUCCCCACCCAUACGCUACAUAUGGGUCAGAGCUAAGGGUCACAUAGGUGAGGACAUGAACAUGCACCAGUGUGUCGCGGCCUACUUCUCGGACAUGGCUCUUCUGGGCACAGCCCUCAACCCUGAACCUAAGUUCAAGGUCAGUUUUAUGUCCUCCCUCGACCACUCCAUCUGGUUCCACAACUCCUUCCAUGUGGAUGAGUGGAUGCUGCUUGAAAUGGAAAGUCCACAAGCUGGAAUGGGUCGUGCAUUUUCGCUGGGUCGUUUGUGGAGGCAGGAUGGCAUUUUGGCUGCGUCUGUGGCUCAGGAAGGGGUGAUACGCGGCAAGUUAUGACAGAGAUGCUGUGAAUAAUAGACAGUUGGUAUUUAAUAGUCAUUAUAGUCAUUUCAGUUCCAGAUAAAUCUACUUGUACCUAUAUGAUUGUUGUCUAGGAGUGUCACAUGUGAAGAGAAUUGCAUUAAAUAUUCUUGUAUGUAAACUAAAAGAAAGUUUAAAUAUGAAGUAAGGUUCAUCAUACAGACAACUGAAAACUAUGUGGAAAAAUACUUUCAUUUAAUUUUCAGUAAAAUAAAAAUUGCUUUUAAAUGAUCGGUAAUAUCUGCGUUUGUCUGAAGAAUUAAGAGUUUAUCUCUAAUACAGUUUACAGUUUUUCACUUUUUUGCCUUGGGGAAAAAAAAAAACAAUUGAAGAAUAACUUGAGUGCACUAGAAUCUAACAUUGGAUUCCAGAGGAUUUUUGUGAGAUGGUUUUAUGAGAAUCUGUCAAUACUAGCAAGAGUUUAUGAAAAAUUGUGCUUGCCUAGUGCUGUGUACAGUUGUUUGUAUCACAUUGUAGAGCUUAACAGUUGUUCAUAAUAUACUUGUAAACAUAUGUAUAAUACCAUGAGCUAGGCAAAGUCUCUGAUGCCAUGUAUUGGUAUUAUUAAACCACACAUCUCAACUCGGGUGAUGAGGUAACAAGGUCAGUUCCAGCUCUGUACUUGUGGUUUUCUGUCUUAGCUGUCAGGUGCAAGGUGAGAAAUGGAGGUUUCCUUCACUCAUAUAAACUUUGACCAGUUUACACAAAAAUAUUAAAAGAUUAUAGCUGAUAACAUUAUUUAUUACUGAUUCAUUAAAGUUAAAUUUUUUAAGGGAUGUAUUGUAUUUUCUUUCAUGUGACAUGUUUAUGAAAAGAUGUUUAAUGUUGUUUUGAUAUACAUCUUUUUUACAUGGAAUUGUAAUUAAGAUUUAAUUGUAAUUAAAAUUAUUUGUAAAUAUA